AUGGGCCACGAAGCCUUCUAUCUCAACCUGUGGGAUGCCAAGGGCAUCUGGGAUGCAGAGAAUGGUAGUCAUAACCAAUAUUACUUUUCUCGCAGCGACGUCCAACUCGCAGGAAACAUGAUCUCCUCGAGGAAGAAAUUACUGGCAGUGAAGAGCCAUAAGUACGACGCGAAGGAUCGAGAUACAUUGUGUCGGAAGGCGGGACUGAAGGCGGAGGAUUGUUGGGCAUCAGACACCGAUUACAAUCUGUUGUUCCUGAAGCCGUCUCGUUCGAUAUGUGAACAGAAGUUUCAUGGUGACGUCGGUUGA